AUGGCAUCCAAGGUCGACAGGAGGCACGUUACGCUAACCGUGCUAACAGGAUUGUUGCUGAAUUGCGUUGCGUCACCCAUCUCUACGCCAGAGACGCUUCGCGCGGUGGUCGUAUACUUAGGAUCGUCCACUUACCAAAUGCAAGCUUUUACUUUUAUUCGUAAUGAAGAAACAGACCGAAAUUUGGAGUUAGACAGAACCGAUAUGAUAUCAGUAGGGCCCGUUCUCAGUGCGCAUGCAAAUCCUUCUAGAAGUUUGAAAGAUUUGUUGACUACGCCAAUGCUUGCAAUACCAGAUUCCGAACGAUCAAAAACACCUCUUUUGGUAAAAGCUCCUCCUAGCUUGGGAUUACUCUUCCCAGAAAAGGAGGCAAUCAUUUUGAAAGAGUGGAAUAAAGUUAUUCACGAGUCCGGAUAUUUAGUUACCGAUGAUUGCUUGUCCAUAUUGAAAAGCGACGAUGAAGCAAUAUACAGUUGGCUCACCGUGAAUUAUUUGAGUGGCCGGUUAUCCGACGAUACUUUGAAUAAAACCGUUACAAUUCUUGAUCUCGGCGGUAAAUCGAUAAGAGUCACUUCCGCAAAAACAAUUUCGGAUUCCUCAGACUUAGACAAACACAAUGUUAACAUUAUGGGUCGAAAAAUGAGCAUUCACACCGACAGUUAUUUACAUGGUAUGGGUUUGAAUGCCGCACGCGCAAAAAUUCUCACUCAUGGAAUGAAUCAAACGAAAUUGAGAACUCAGAAAACCGUUAAGAUCCAUUCGGUGUGCAUCAAUCCUGGUCACCGUAAGGAAUGGACAUUCGAAGGACAAAAAUUUGUUAUCUAUGGGCGAAGAUACAUCGAUGACAAAACUCAAAACGACUUUCUCGACGAAUGCGAUAAAAUUAUUGAUGAUUUAAUCUCUGAGGCUCACAUAAACCCUAUCAGUCUAGAAGGACACGAGAUUGGGGUGUUUUCGGGCCAUUUCUGGACACCUGCUGAAGUAGGAUUAGUAGAUUUUGGACAAGAUGAAGAGGUAACCGUUGGUAGCCUUGAAGAAGCAUCUAAGAUUCUGUGUCAAAAUCAAAAACGGAGAGGCGUUUUUGACUGCCUAAACUUCAAAUAUAUAUCGGCUUUACUACGAAAAGGUCUUGGCCUGGCAUCCGACCAGAAAUUACGUGGACCAGUCUACGAAUACCUGAAAGGUCACAAACUUAGUACAGCUGUGGGUGCAGCUAUUGGUAUGCUGCACAUUGGGAAAUAG